AUGCCUCCUCCGCCGCCUCCUCCCCCUCCCCCUCCUCCAGGCAUGGGAGGUCCUCCCCCUCCCCCUCCACCGCCUCCUGGAGGAGGUAUGCCUGCUAGGCCGGCCAAAAGUUCAGGUGGUGGGAAUAGAAAUGCUCUUUUCGCGGAUAUCAACAAAGGCGUCCCAAAGUUAAGGAAAGCAGUUACCAAUGAUCGAUCGGCGCCCGCUAUUGGGAAAGAAAACAAGUCCGGAGGUCCACCGAUUGGAGGCGCACCCCCAGUACCGGGCAUGCCAAAAGGUCCCGGCGGAUUAGCACCUCCGAUUCCUUCGGCGAACAGAUUGCGAAGCAGUAGUGAUGCGGGACCUGCGAGAGAUGAUAGUGGCAGCUCAGGCGUGGCCAGCGGUGCACCUCAAUUGGGAGGUUUGUUCGCAGGCGGCAUGCCUAAGCUACGCAGUCGAGGCGGCGUUGAUACCGGUGCGAAUAAAGAUUCUUCAUACUUAUCGGAUUCAGAAUCAACUCGUACACGAGCAACUACCGGGUCAGCACCACGACCACCAGUGAGUGCUGCACCGAAACCACCGGGAGCACGACCCCCUCCGGUACCUCCCUCAGCAUCAGAGUCUCCUGCGCCUAACCCAUUAGUCACCAAUCUGCGAAAGCCACCACCAAGACCCGCAUCGCGGCCAUCGUCUACAUUGGAAAUACCACCACGCGCGCCUCCCCCUCUUCCAGGCUCGGGGAAAACUCCACCACCUCCCCCUCCAUUGGCAUCCCGAAAGCCGUCUGGUACGGCACCCUCAGCACCACCGCCGCCGCCGCCUCCUCCUCCUGCAUCAGUGAGCCCAGCACCACCCAGUGCACCACCACCGCCGCCAUCUAUAUCCGCUCCUAAACUUCCUGUGUCGGCCCCUCCUCCACCUCUGCCACCACCAUCUUCAGCACCUCCUCUACCCAACGGAGCUUCUCCCGCUAUCGCAUCAAUUGCCAUGCAAGCUGCUCGAAAUGCUUUUGGAAACUCACAUAACCCUCCAGCUCCUCCAACGCCACCUCCACCUCCACCUCCAGGCUCAGCACCAUCACUACCAGUCUCUGGCCCACCACCCCCGCCUCCUCCUACAUCACCGCCCGCAUUAGCACCUCCAGGGCGUCCGUCUGCAUCUUCUACUCCCGUAUCAUCGCGACCUACCUCAUACGACGAUCAUUCACUUCGCAGCCAAGGACGGUCAGCUUUAGAUCCAAGCGCUUAUACACUUAGCAACGGAACAUCAACCCCAGUCUCCCAUCCAUCAUCACCAGGACCAACUCGGGGUGCGGUACAAGAUAACCGCUUCAAGUUCCAGGACGAAAGCUUACUACCCAAACCGCGACCUUUUACCGGUGGAGUACGGAGAUAUCGCGCGGGCAGGGGAAGUAGUGUCCCCCUCGAUCUUAGCUCGAUAGGAUAG